CUCCAAUUCCGACAGCAUUUCUAACUCUUUUCAACAUCAUACAGCGCUCUCUCUAUAUUCAAAAUGUUCGCGUCGAUUCGUGCUGCCACAUUCAGUCACCCGUUCGCAAUCUGGGGUCUCGGUCUCGGUUUUGGAGGUAGCGCAUCGUGGGCAGAAGUGGCUGCUCAACAGGAGCCAAAAGGAGCGUGCACUGUCGAAGCAGCGAUAUGUGUGCUUGUAGGCAGCUCCCUGACGAAGCCCAUAUACCACUAUGACUUGUGUUUGCUCAAAUCAUUUGCCUGUAGGUCCCGCUCUGGUUCUCCUUGUGCCGCCCAUUCGUCAGAAGCUCGGUUUUGUUGCACCCAAGGCCGUCCCGACCAGCUAUCCUCUCCCGAACCGUCCCCGGCGCGCAACCACUGGCUACGAGGACUAGGCGAGAAAGUAGAUUGUAACUGUUUAUUAAAUACACCACAACGCAGUUUUAGAAAGCCUGGAUACCGUGCAGAGUAAUUCACAAUCUACAUAACAUAGCAAGGUAUCUGUAUGUGUCGGCGAUCAGCACAGUACAAUGAGUCUGACGUGUGGCUUCUGAA